UAUUAAAAAACUUUUAACCACGUCGAAUAUUUAUCUCCGUUGACCCGUUACCCGACCGCCCGACCCAUUGCGGCUAACCAAAAAAAAAAACCAAAAUUCUAAAUCCGUAACCCUAAUUCUACAAACAACAAAAUUUUCUCGCAGUUGGACGUGUGUGCAAUUCGAAAUUCCAUUUCCUUAAUCUCUACUUAAUUAAAGUAAAAUUCGAGAUAAACAAGCUUGUUUAUUGAGAGAGAUAGAACAAUGGAGGUCGAUAGAGAAGACGGACGCACUCAGAACCAGUUGAGACCUCUCGCCUGUUCUCGAAACAUUCUCCAUCGUGCUCAUGGCUCUGCCAGUUGGUCUCAAGGAGACACGAAAGUACUUGCUGCUGUUUAUGGGCCGAAAGCUGGAACUAAAAAGAAUGAGAACCCUGAGAAAGCUUGCAUUGAAGUUAUUUGGAAGCCUAAAACAGGACAAACAGGGAAACAGGAAAAGGAAUAUGAGAUGAUAUUGAAGAGAACUCUGCUGAGCAUUUGUAUUUUGACUGUUAAUCCAAAUACUACAACAUCAAUUAUAAUUCAGGUUGUCAAUGAUGAUGGUGCUCUUCUCCCUAGUGCCAUAAAUGCAGCAUGUUUGGCCCUUGUAGAUGCAGGAAUUCCUAUGAAGCAUCUUGCUAUUGCAAUAUGUUGUGUGGCCAAGAGUGGAUAUGUUAUAUUGGAUCCCACCAAGCUAGAAGAGCAGCAGAAAAUGAAGGCAUUUGCUUAUUUAGUCUUCCCAAACUCAGUCCAUUCAGUCCUUCCUGAAGGAUCACUAAGUGUGCAAGGUGAACCCAUAGAACAUGGGAUUAUUACAUCUGUUACUCAUGGCACAAUGUCAGUGGAUGAUUAUUUUUACUGUCUAGACCGAGGGCGUGCUGCGAGUGUCAAGUUGUCUGAUUUUCUCAGGAGGAGCUUGCAACAGCACUCAACUGAUUCAUCUAAAGCUGGGUGACUGUGAAUAGGAAUUUCAGGCAUAUAAAUCCCAAUUACGGAAUCACACCAGUUUGUGCGAUUUCAUGCCAUUGUUGUUCUGAUUUCUAGCUCUCAUUCCUACAUACUUUCACAGCCUUUCUGAGCAAAUUGUGUUAGAAACUUAAUUUAAAGAAUUUAGUUUCUGCCCUGAUUGUUUCUGAAUUGUGAUAUUGCCAUUUUCCCGUGUUCUUGUCAGUACUGUUGUUGAUUAAUGAAUGUGAUAUUCCUAAGAGGAUAAAUUUUGAUCUUAGAUUGAUAGCCU